UUCCAGUUCUGUUCCUGUCAGCCAAUUGGUUCUUGCUACUUUCGUAGCUGGAAUUGGUGUACAUAUCGGCACGGCGCAAGCUUGCCAGUGGCACAGUGCCCCAGUGAUGGCUGAAGGAAGGAGGGAGAGUUUCAACCGCGCCCAGCGUUCUCUGAAGGCUGGCGCGCCGCACCUGGCAGGCCGCCAAGCAAGGCAGCCUCCGAACUCCUGGAUCGAGCAGGAGGUGCGAGCCAGGCUUGCGGAGUAUGAGAUGACUCCCGAGGUAACGGACCGCAUGUAUCGAUGCAUCGAGGUUCUGCAGGAAGUCGCGCAAGACAUGGGCCCGACUUGGCGCGUGCGCCCUUUUGGCAGCGUCGCCAAUGGCUAUGGCACGAAGUUCUCGGAUCUUGAUGCAACAUGCUAUGCGGUGCGGGAGGAGAAUGAGGAGGAGGAAGAACAGAAGCAGCCAGCAUCGGAAAUUCUGGGCGAGCGCCUUGCCCCGCUUCUGCGGGAGCACCCGCAGUUCACCAUGGCUCAGGAGGUUUUACACGCUCGCGUGCCCAUCCUAAAGCUUUGCUUUGAGGGUAAGUUGGAGGUAGAUCUCUCGUGCCACAAUACUCUACCGCUGCAGAACACCAAGCUACUCAAGGCCUAUUCGAGCUUGGACAAGAGGGUUCGGGAUCUCGUGAUUACAGUGAAGCUCUGGGCGAAGGCCAACGAAGUGUGUGGAGCAUCCCAAUCCCACUUGUCCUCCUAUGCUCUGACAUUGAUGGCUAUCUACUUCAUGCAGGUUCAUCCGAAGAUCAAGCUUCCCAUGCUGCCUGUGGCCGUUUUCAAGGAGAAUGGCGCGGAUGCAGAGCAGAAGGUCGCGGCAGCCCGCAGCUCCUGGACUUGCGCCCUCAGUCUUGGGCAGAUGGUCCUUCGUUUCUUUCAAUUCUACAGUCAGGAAUUUUCCUGGGGGCAUGAGGUGGUGUCGGUCCGUCAUGGUUUCUACCGGCUUGACACCAGCGAGCAGUUUGUGCAGAAGCUGAAGGGCAGGAAUUUCCAGCGGCUGCAUGUGGAGGAUCCUGUGGAUGAGACGCGGAAUUUGAAUUGCGUGCUGGGAGAGGUGCAGGAGAUGCAGCUGCGCAGGGCGCUUCAGGAGACCUACAUGCGCUUGCAAAGGCAGGAGCCCGUACGAUUUGGGCUGCCACCGCCAAAGGAGACCAAAGAGGAACCAUCUGCGGACGGCGAACCGGGAUCCAGUCCCGGGCGCACGGCGAUUCGGGUCUAUGACCACUUGCCACAACGACCGAUCGCGAUACCGGCGCCGUCCGUGGCGGAGGCUACAGGUCGCCCUGACGCGGAGACGACACCGAACGUUCGCACCCACAGCCUGAGUGAGGCGAGCACCACUGCCAGUCUCAGCUGUGCCUCGAGCACGGAUGAGGCGGCAACGUCGACGGAGGAGGAACAUGGAGCACAUGCCGCAGACAGCGCCUACUUGAUGGAAGAAUACGAGGCCGGCAGGGCCUAUGAUGGCCAUCUGCGGAAGGAGAGGAGUGGCCACAAAGGCACAGAGGCAUUCGGAAUGCCAGGAACGACGGAGGGCUAUGCGGGCAACCCGCCUUUGCAUACGCUCUUGCGAGGGACCGGUGUGCAGAACGCGGGCAAGGAGCUGCUUCUGCUCAUCAAGCCAGAUGUCUCGCCGCCGGCCGACAUUGGGCACGCUCAGUUUCCGGAGCCGUGUUUUCCACUGCCACAAGCACCACAGAGGGUGCCGUCCAUUCUGAAGACCGGGCAGACGGUAGGCACGAUGGCCCCUCCGGCAGCAAUGCCGGAGAAGCAGCCAACAGCGUCGGAACAGGCGACCCAGCGGAGGACGAGGAUCACGCGGAACAUCAUGGCGAAGGUAAUAUCGACUUGCGAGGCCCACAACCAGACCGAGGAGAAGGUAUGGCAGUGAGACAAAAGACGCAAUGUAUACCGACUUUUGUUUCCUUGUCUCUUCUUGGCUGCUCAUCUUUUUGGAUGUGCGGUCCACCCGUUAAGCCCAGGGCGCACUGUAGAGGAUCAUCCUGUGAAUCGUUUUUGAGCCCUACGGCUUGGCUGGUUGCAUGUACUGUAUUUCUGAUUCAUCGGCCGCCUGGACUAUGCGGACAGGCGUGGAGGCAGAGACAGUUUGAGUCCAUCUGCUCCGAAGAAGCCGAGUUUCCG